AUGUUGUUAUUAUCAUGGGCAUUGUUGUAUAAAUUAUCAGCCCUGCUUCUUGGUGGUUCGCUAGUUGUGGUACAUGCAGACCAAGGAUGCUGCCACAAAUCUUCCAAGAGUCCGAUAACGACGAACCCAGAACUCUCUUGGAAGAGGUGGAAUGUACGAUCACCCAAAGACGAUCCACAGCAACCGAUCAAAGAGCCGGAUUCCUACAAUACGACAUUACUACCUUUGAAAUUUCAACCUUUGCCACUAGGCGAGGUGAAGCCUUCGGGGUGGCUCAAGCAACAGCUGGACCUAAUGGCUGAUGGCUUGCCGGGUCACUUGCACGAGUUCUAUCGCCUGGUCAAAGAUGCGCCUUGGCUUGGAGGGGAUCAGGAAUAUUCAUGGUUAAAUGAAGCUUGGCCAUAUUCCUACAAUGCUCUCGUGCCGUUGGCGUGGCUAACGGAUGACGCUCGACUAAAACACCAUGUCCUCCGCGUCACCGACUGGGUUAUUGGCCAUCAACAGGCCGACGGCUGGCUGGGACCGGAGACCGACCUGUCCCGGCGCAAUUUUUGGGGAAGGUACCCUUUGUUCCUGGGGUUAAUGCAAUUGGUCGAGGCCGAACCGGAACUGGGCGAGGCCAUGAUCUUGCCCGCGAUGCACCGCUUCGUCAAGCUCAUGUAUCAGAUGCUCUCGAACAAGCAUCAGGGGUACGUGUGGAAACCCGGCGACCAGUUCGACGAACAAUGGGGCCGAUCGAGGGCCGCGGACAUGGUCAUGGCGCUACAGUGGUUGUACGAAAAGCACCCCAGAAACAACGAAAGGGAGAUCCAUCACUGCAUCGUCCACAUGUACGAGAUGGCAUACGACUGGGCGUAUUGGUUCCACGAGGACAACUAUCUCAAGAACGACCUUGAUACGUACCCGGUCGAGUUGACCGAUAGCUUGUUCCCUUACGUGCACGGUGUCAACGCGGGGCAGGGCCUGAAAUGGCCCGCGGUCAUGAGGAGACUGGUGCAGGACGAUACCUUGCUCAACACCACGAGGAACGGGGUCAAUUGGACGUUUGAGUAUCAUGGAACCCCGUCUGGUGCGAUUAUCGGCGACGAGCGCGAGGCUGGGCUCAGUCCAGUUCGUGGCACGGAGUUAUGCAGUGUGGUGGAGACCAUGUUCUCCCUCAACUAUCUCUAUCAGGCUGUGGGAGAUCGUGACUUUGCCGACAAGUCUGAGCUGGCAGCUUACAAUGCUCUUCCGGUAAUGUUUAUGCCACAUUGGUGGGCACAUCAGUAUAUCGCCCAAACCAAUCAACCAAUAAGUCAUCAACUCGAUGGUUCUCCGUUCUGGAACGUUGGUCCUUGGGGUCAGACUUUUGGCACAGAGCCGAAUUUCCCCUGUUGUACUGUCAAUAUGCAGGGGUAUUCGAAGUGGGUGCCGGCUUCGUUUGUGAAGGUGGGCGAUGACGGACUUGCUCACGCUUUGCUCAGCCCGGCGCAUGUCAGUACGACACUGAACAAAAGAAACAAGGUCCGGAUCAAGUGCGAGACAAAUUAUCCAUUUACGAAUUACCUCAACUAUGAGAUCAAAGCAAGAUCCGCGUUCAGAUUUUCGUUCCGAGUGCCUGGAUGGGCUGUACUUGACGAGAGCAACGUCUGGGUUGACUCUGGCAAGGCUCAUCGUCUUGAGCCGGACGGUUCCACGGGAUUGCACACGAUGAUCGUCCCGGCAGGCCGAACCCGGAUCGAAGUCUUGUUUGGCGCCCAGGUGCGCAUUGAGCAGCGAGCAAACGACACGGUUUCGAUCUAUCACGGUGCAUUGCUCUAUGCCUUGUCUAUUGCCGGAGACUAUUCAUAUAGUCGGCCAGCGAGGUAUCCGGGAGACUCGGCUCCUCAACGGGCCAGAGACUGGACUAUACUGCCUCGAGAGCCGUGGAAUGUGGCCAUCGACGUCUCGACCUUGAAGUUCUAUGAGUACCCAAAUCGUUACGCCGAGUGGUUGCCACAUCCCAUCUGGCACGAGGAGCGACCACCAGUGAGCAUUUCCGUCCUGGCUUGUGAGUUGGACUGGGAGUUGAAGGAUGGGUACGCGCCCAAUCCGCCACUCCCGGGACAUCGCAAUUGUACCGGCAGAGCGUUUCCCGUAGAGUUGAGGCCGUAUGGCAGCGCAAAACUGCACAUGGCGGAAUUACCUACUGUGGAUUUGAGGCCUGGGAGCCAUGAUCUUUGGCAGCCCGAAAAGGAGGAGGAGCAGCAGCAGAGGCUGGGGCGGGAAAGUUACAAGAUAGAAAUAUAG